AGAACAUUUUGAAGUUUCUAAUAAUACUAAAUACAAUAAAUGGUUGAUUAAAGUACAAGUACAACCUCCAUUAUUAUUGCGGAGGAACCCUAAACCUUUCCAGGAACAUACGAAAUCGAAAGCUAUCAUGCGAAAAGUAAGUGAGAAGCGGAGAAUAAUUAUACGAAACUACCAUGGCGAAAAUCUUGUGGGGAUUUUACACGAUGCUGAAUCCACACAACUUGUUAUUAUCUGCCAUGGCUUCCAAUCUUCCAAGGUUUCUGAAUAUCAUAAUACACUUUUAUCAGGAAAGGAUUCCAAUGGUGAACCUUGCUGCUGCUAUUGAAAAUGAUGGAAUUAGUGCCUUCCGCUUUGAUUUUUCUGGAAAUGGGGAAAGUGAAGGUUCAUUUCAGUAUGGUAACUACUACAGAGAAGUUGAAGACAUGCGCGCUGUCAUUCAACACUUUCGAGAGCAGAAAUUUGUAAUUACAGCAAUUGUUGGUCAUAGUAAAGGGGGUAACGUGGCACUGUUAUACGCCUCAAAAUAUAAGGAUGUUUAUACUAUUGUCAACAUUUCUGGCCGGUUUAAUCUAUUGAAGGGCAUGGAAGGUCGUUUGGGCGAAAAUUUUGUGAAACGAAUCAAACAAGAUGGAUUUAUUGAUGUAAAAAAUAGAAGAGGGAACAUUAUAUAUCGUGUUACUGAAGAAAGUUUGAUGGAUCGCCUAUCCACUAUUACUCAUCUUGCUUGCCUAUUAAUUCCUCAAGAUUGCAGAGUGCUAACAGUUCAUGGAUCCAAGGAUGAAACUGUACCCUCCGGAGAUGCUCUAGAUUUCGAUAAGUUCAUAUCUAACCAUGAACUGCACAUUGUAGAAGGAGCCGAUCACGAAUUUACACAUCAUCAAGAUGAGUUAACCAGCAUAGUCUUGGAGUUUAUCAAGUCUCAUAAUGAUAAAGACACAAAUAAAUCUAAGCACACACAACAUGGAGGAGUCGUUAAACCUAUUCGGUCGCGAAUCUAGUUCUUGCAGAAUACUGAUCCUGUACCUGUUUUCAUUGUCGCAGUCUUAAUAAGUAGAUUGACAAGCAAGGAGAAGAGAUGUCGUCCUUCCGGUCCCCACUAAUUUUUUGGCUAGUCAAAGAAAAUUGACAAAUCACAAAUGCAACCAAGUUUUUGCAUUAUUGGACCCCAAUAAUUGCACACCUUACAAGAAUUGGGGGAUCAUGAUUGCCUUUUUGGUAUAGCUGCUGAAUUGAAGUUCAUGCACUACAUGUGAAUUGCAUCUAAAAGAAAUUUCAUCAUCACAGGUUGUUAAAGGUCAAUUACCUAAAAAUUUGAUCUUGGAGGUUGAUAUUUUGGAGAGAAAGCGAAGGAAGAGAAUGGUUCGAUGAGUAAAGCGAAUUUCACUCUACUCAUUGAGCAAUUCCUUUCCAUCGAUUCCUUUUCAAAGCCACUCGCAAACUCACCAUAAGUUUCUAGCUAUUAGGUAUAGACUACCUACUAGUAUGUAUAAAUUUACUUGUGUCCAUAAUUUUAUGUAAAUUUGUUCUGUUUUGACCAUGAUUCUUUUCCUUUUAUUGCCAUAAGUUCCUUUUGGACAAACAUAAAUUCAAUCAGAUAUUAUAGUUCAGAAAUGAGUGCAGA